AAGCUGCACGUCACAGUGGGUGAGGCCAAGAACCUGAUCCCCAUGGACCCCAAUGGACUUUCGGACCCGUACGUCAAACUGAAGUUAAUUCCUGACCCCAAAAAUGAAACCAAGCAGAAGACGAGGACGAUCCGCUCUUCCCUGAACCCCCACUGGAACGAGUCCUUUACCUUCAAACUGAAGCCUACAGACAAGGACCGUCGGCUCUCAAUCGAGAUCUGGGAUUGGGACAGGACCACCCGGAACGACUUCAUGGGCUCGAUGUCCUUUGGCGUGUCUGAACUCAUGAAGGCUCCUGCCUGCGGCUGGUACAAAUUGCUGAACCAGGAGGAGGGCGAGUAUUACAAUGUGCCAAUUCCGGACGCAGAGGAUGGCAACGUGGAGCUCCGGCAGAAAUUUGAGGGAUGCCAUAUUAAUAAGGCCUUUAUAAAGAAAGCUAGACUGGGACCUGGGAAGAAAGUCAUCAGCCCUCCGGAAGAUGGCAAGCCAGGACUGCCCUGCAACAACUUGGACAGGGUGAAGCUGACAGAUUUCAACUUCCUGGCAGUACUGGGCAAAGGCAGCUUUGGCAAGGUAAUGCUGGCUGAGCGAAAGGGCAAGGAGGAGCUGUAUGCCAUCAAGAUUUUGAAGAAGGAUGUGGUCAUUCAGGAUGAUGACGUGGAGUGCACCAUGGUGGAGAAGAGAGUCCUAGCACAGCAAGACAAGCCCCCCUUCCUGACCCAGCUCCAUUCCUGCUUUCAAACUGAGGACAGACUUUACUUUGUCAUGGAGUACAUCAAUGGUGGGGACCUGAUGUAUCACAUUCAGCUUGUUGGAAAGUUCAAGGAGCCACAGGCAGUGUUUUAUGCAGCAGAGAUUGCAGUUGGACUCUUCUUUCUACACAGGAAAGGAGUCAUCUAUCGUGACCUGAAGCUUGACAAUGUAAUGCUAGAUUCAGAAGGGCACAUAAAGAUUGCGGACUUUGGAAUGUGUAAGGAGCACAUGCUUGACGGAGUCACGACAAGGACGUUCUGUGGCACCCCGGAUUACAUAGCACCAGAGAUAAUCGCUUAUCAGCCUUAUGGCCGGUCCGUGGACUGGUGGGCCUAUGGAGUGCUGCUGUAUGAGAUGCUUGCUGGGCAGCCCCCCUUUGACGGUGAGGAUGAGGAUGAACUGUUCCAGUCCAUCAUGGAGCACAAUGUCUCGUACCCAAAGUCCAUGUCUAAAGAGGCUGUGUCUAUCUGCAAAGGGCUGAUGACAAAACACCCUGCCAAGCGCUUGGGCUGUGGCCCUGAAGGUGAGCGGGAUGUUAAGGAGCAUGCGUUCUUCCGGAGAAUCGACUGGGAGAAGCUGGAAAACCGGGAGAUCCAGCCACCUUUCAAACCCAAAGUGUGUGGAAAAGCUGCCGAAAACUUCGACAAGUUCUUCACGCGUACCCUGCCCAUGCUGACGCCUCCUGACCAUCUAGUCAUCGCCAACAUCGACCAGACGGAAUUUGAGGGAUUCUCCUACGUCAACCCACAGUUCAUCCACCCGAUGCUACAGUGCGCCGUAUGAAGACGGCCGUGGCCCAGCACCAGGAGCGAGAGGAUAACAGCCGUGCAGGAGCGAACUCUUGUAACUAAUUCGACUCCCAGAUCCUCCCACCCCUCUACCCCCAAAAUGAGCACAGUGGCACCGAGCUAUGGGAUCACCUGGCCUGUUCUCCUGUGCCCGUGGGGGGGUGCCCCCCUGUCUACUUUCUGGCCAGUUUUCUCUCUACCCAAACACCCUCCCUCCUUCCCCCCGCCCAGGCUCUGGAUUUCUAUCGCAGUCUUCCCAGCGUUCCUGUCAAACCUUCAGGGGUCAAUCGAGGCACCGACAGGCACGUUCUUUCUGUGACUGGCAGGGAGGGUGGCGAGUGGGAGGCACACUCGCUCCCGGCCAGCUAGGCUUGCUUUGCUGUAGGAUUCCUCUUUUCACUAUUAUUAUUUUCUUUUUUUUUUUUUAUUUUAUCGUAUUUUGUGUUUGUCCACUGGGGCAGUAUAAACACCUUCAAAAGCAAUCAGACAGCUGGAAGGUGAAAUAAAGGUGCCAGUAAUGCGGGGGCUGUGCCAACACAUUCAGUAUGCCCUUGUGCUGCCGUGCCACACCAAACAAUGGAUUUCAGGUUGUGUGGUUUUCGGUCUGUAAAUGGAGUCAGACACCAGUAUACCUGACCCGUGCCAGGGCUGGCAGACAUCAUUGGCUUUUACCGUGGCAUGGACUUGGGCGUCUUUAGGUUUAGUGGAGGGCGGCCCACAUUUUGCCAUCCUGAAACGCCAGGGGGUGAAUUUGUUUCUCAGAGGAAAUGAGCAAACCAGAGUGGGGAUGUUGCACAGGGGUCCAUGUAUUUAAACUGACUGUGCAGAGGCCUUUGUAGGUGGUGAGGGGCCAUGGCAUGGCAUGAUAGAACUAGACCCCCAAACCCCCAGCAGUUCCUGCAUGUUUCUAGCCGACUCUGCCAUAAACUGACUACAGCACGCAUUUCUUUUAAUUGGUGCGCAGUGUCUGUAUGUGAAAGAAUGAGCUCCUCUGUAACCCCCCUAUUUGCUACUUUUUAUAUUCUGUAUGUUAUACCAUAGUAAUAAACUCGGAAAGAACGCAGAAGGGGGUGCUUCUGAACAGCGAGGCAGGCAGCAGAGGGGACAUCCAUGUGGGCGCAUCCUGGGUGCAGACACCCCUCACAGCUAUACUAUGUGCGCUCACGCCUGCAUGUCCUCGUGUGCCAAAAAUCAAUGUGGAAAGAAGCCAGCAGGUGUGUUGGUGCCAGGGGUCUCCAACAGCUGUUUUACAAGGUAAUGCCCACUUGUUGUUUAUUGGGGUUGGGGCUUGGAGGCGGAUUUUCUCUAUGGAAUGCCCCACCAGUCUACUCCACCUGGCACCUCCCGAGGGGAAAAGCGGCCAGGCUUUGAUUGCCCAUCACUGGCAGGGAACCCCGUUAUAUUAUAACAGGUGUAUUUGUGACCCUUCUGGACUGUACCCACUGUGUUCGUCCAUUCAUUCUCUCAUCUAUACUUGAUUUUAUAUUUCCAAGUUUGAUUUUAAUUUUGUGUAUAAAAGCAAUCAUUCCUCUAAUCUUCAUAAAGCACCAUACGGUGUGUUCUAUGAUGUAUUUCCAUCAUGUCUACUUUCUCCCAGGUAGGGUUAGAGUUUCUGAUCACGUUUACACUACCAGUCAGUCGUGACCAUGUAUGUGCUCCGCCCCCUGUGACAUGGUCAUGCCCACAUGUAUCAUGUCCCGCCUCCUCCUCCCUCGCACAGUUUAGAAGCACCCAUGAGCCGCAUGUUCUGCUUUGUCCCGCUGCUGAUUGUAGCUUAACGGCAUCAAUAAAAUAAAAUGAUAACAAGUAAA